AUGUGCACGCAGUACGAGAUCCUAGAAAUCUGUGCCGAAGAGGAUUGCGGCAUGAUCCGUGACUACGACAACCCGACGGUAAGACUCCCGGAGAGCGUGGCUGAUGGCGAGAACCUCAACCCAACCGACGAGGACGUGAUCGAGACGAUGUGCUACUCCGUCCUGCUCAACACCCCUCUGCGCGACCUGUACGAAGAGGCUAGCCAGGUCGGCUCCAACGCAGUGUACUUCGGCGCGUGGACCGGAGUAUUCCGGUAUUUCCCAGGCAUCGCUCAGGAAUCCUGCGGAACAUACGACCCUCGGAUCCGGCCUUGGUACGUGGCGGCCUCGAGCGGCCCCAAGGACGUCGUGAUCGUGCUGGACGUUUCUGGGAGCAUGUCGCAGUACGGGCGGCUGGACCUCGCAAAGGAGGCCGCGGAGACCGUCAUCAACACCCUCGGGGCGGACUCUUUCGUGAACGUGGUGACCUUCUCCGAAACCGCGAGGGUACUUCUCACCAACUCCACCACCCUCGUCCGGGCCACCGAGGACAACCUGGGCGAACUCGUCAGCCUCGUGCAGAACCUCGAGUUCGAUCUCGCGAACGUCGGGACGAACUUCGGUGCAGCGUUCGAGACAACCUUCGACAUCCUGGAGGCUUCUCGGACUUCGGAGGAGACGUCUUCGAACUGCCAGACGGCGAUCGUCUUCCUUACCGAUGGCAACACCAACGUCGGCCUCUCCACGGACGAGGUGACUUCGAAGCAGAUCGCGUGCGACACCGGGGGCAUCUACGAGCACGUGGAGGAUGGGGGAGACCUCUCUCAGGCGAUGGCGUUCUUCUAUAGGUACUACUCGAUUGGUCUGGGAGACAACGAGGACUUUGUCGCGGUGACAGACAUAUGUGAGAGGCCGGGCAUCGUACCACACGCGUGA